AUGGAGACAUCUUUGUUCCGUUUGAUUGCUGUUUUUGUGAGCUGUACUGUCCACUUGAUUGAUUGCAAAACUAUUUGCAACAGACCAGCUUCACUUGAGUGGCACCUUAAACAACACUCAGUCCAAAUGAAUUGGACACUCGUGGGAAACAUCUGUAGGAGCGUAGCAGAGUGUUGGGAUUCUCAGGAGGGAGAGGAGUCUAGUGGGCAACCUUUUAACUUCCCACAGAUAUGCCCACUUCAACUGCAACACGGAGACAAACUGAUGAUGGCCGCUGAUGAAACGCUGCAGUCAUAUGGCAUCAGAAUCCUCAAUGUGUCAAAAGACAACUUUGAAAGCUGUUCCACAAAUGGUCAAAGAGAAGAUCAGUUUCUUUCCCCUCACAAUGUAAACGGGAGUGAGCAAGUGGAGGCCAAGUGGCUUGUUCCGGGUCACCGUUACUUCAUCGCUCUGCAUGAGGGAGAUACACAGCUGUGCAAGUUCGGCUUAAGGCUCAAUGUGUCUGUGAAAACGCAGCUUUGUCAGGCUUCUCCUCUGCUUCGACUGUGUUCGGGGAAUGGUGUUUGUCAAACAGGCCACCGGGAAAGUGCAUACUACUGUCGAUGCCACCACCACUACUCCGGGAGGUUUUGUGAGAAGUUUGAUGCUUGUUUGGACAACCCAUGUGAAAACAAAGGAGUCUGUUUAAGUAAUGGAUCCACAGAUCCAAACCACAGAACAUAUAAAUGUCUGUGUCCUCCACAUUUUACAGGAGUUAACUGCUCUGAAGUCAUUGGGAAAGAAAACUGUGACAGAAUUUGUGAAAAUGGGACAUGCGUUCAAAUGUCGUCUACCUCCUUCAAAUGUAUCUGUGACACAGGAUUCUCUGGCCCGGCAUGUGAGAGAAAAGCCACCUGUGAUCCAAAUCCAUGCAGAAAUGGUGGCACAUGCGAAGAGAGCCCCGAAGGGUUUGCCUCUGAAUGUGUCUGUGCAGAUGGUAAUGUGGUCCCAGCAUGCAGGAGGCAGCAGAACCUGUGCAGCUCAUCACCGUGUCUCAACAAUGCCACCUGUGUGUCCAAGGGAAAAGAUUAUGUCUGCAGAUGUCUGCGAGGGUUUUCCGGGAAGAACUGUGAAGAAAUAAUUGACUACUGCAGGCUGCUCAAUAUCAACUGCCUAAAUGAGGGAUUGUGCUUGAGUGUAAUUGGCGGAUAUCAGUGUGUCUGUGCCCCAGGAUGGAUUGGAGAGUUUUGUCAAUAUGUAAGCGAUGCCUGCCUGAUAAAACCAAACAGGUGUUUGAAUGGAGCCACAUGUUUUACAACAGGUCAGCCAUCAUCUCCCCCACAGUACACCUGCAUAUGCCCCCCCGGCUUCACAGGAACAAACUGUGAAACUGAAGUCAACGAGUGUGAGUCCAACCCCUGUCGGCACAAUGGCACAUGCUCUGACUUGGUAGGCCACUAUGAAUGCCAAUGUCCCACAGGUUUUCUGGGGAAGAAUUGUGAAGUGGACAUCGAUGCUUGUGUUCUUCCCAACAACACAUGCCCACCAAAGACUCAGUGUUUGGAUCUUCCUGACAGCCUUAAAUAUACCUGCCGUGUACUCUGCCCUCAAAACCUUCAACUAUGUGCCAACGGAGGGCGAUGUGUAUUCAGUGAUGCCAGUAGCUACUCCUGUAUCUGUACACCUGGUUGGACGGGUCAGAGCUGUCGUACAAAUGUAAAUGAUUGUGUUCAACACUGGUGUCAAAACGGAGCUACUUGCGUGGAUGAGAUUGAUGGUUACAGCUGCCUUUGUCCCAGAGGAUACACAGGCAUCUACUGUGAAGAGGACAUUGAUUACUGUGUUGGCCACAGCUGCUCUGAACACGGUGUUUGCCUGGACCAGCAGUAUAACUUUACCUGCCGCUGCAUGCUUGGAUUUGAAGGGCCGCUCUGCGAACUGGAAACAAAUGAGUGCAACAGCUUCCCCUGUGCAAGCGGUGCCACCUGUGUGGACCUAAUCAGUGAUUAUCGGUGCAACUGUCCCCCAGGGUUUGAGGGACGGACCUGCUCAGAGAAUGUAAAUGAUUGUUGGUCGCAGCCUUGUCUAAAUGGAGGCUCGUGUGGGGAUCUGACAAAUGACUACAUUUGUCAUUGUCCUCUUGGAUUCAAGGGGAAAGACUGCUCAGUAGACAUUGACCUUUGCUCGUUUGGAAUGUGCAGUGAACAUACAUUAAUAUGUGCAGAGACAAAGGGUGGACAGAAUGUUUCUUGCACAUGUGAAAGAGGGUUUGGGGGGUCGUUUUGUGAAGUAAAUCUCAAUGAGUGUGACUCAGAGCCAUGCCAGAAUGAUGGUAUUUGUGUGGACGGCAUUGACUUGUAUCAGUGCUUCUGCUCAGAGGGGUUCGAGGGGCUGAACUGUGAAAUCAACUAUGAUGAAUGUGUCCAUGGAUACUGCGCCAAUAAUUCCACAUGUAUUGACCUGGUUGCAGACUAUGAGUGCAUCUGUCCUUUGGGCUUUGCUGGGAAGAAUUGCUCAACAGCUGUCUCAUCAUGUGCAUCAGAUGUUGAGUUCUGCAAAAAUGGAGGAACCUGUUACCGCAGCUCAGCAGGAGAAUUACAAUGUGUUUGCCCUCCAGGAUACCAUGGCAAUGACUGCUCCUCAUCUGUGAACCAAUGUGUGUCAAAUCCUUGCGACCCUGAGGGGACUUUCUUCUGUGAAGGGCUGGCAAAUACUUAUAGAUGUGUGUGUCAACAUGGGUACACUGGGCCACACUGCAAAACACCUAUCAAGCACUGUGUUGAUGGCCUGUGUCAACAUGGUUCAGUGUGUGUGGAUUUAUCAAGAGGGUUCAAGUGUGAUUGCUUACCAGGUUUUACAGGCCAGUUUUGUGAGAUAAACAUUGAUGAUUGUGAAGAAAAGCCAUGCGGAGUUCUGAGUAUUUGUAAAGACACUCUCAAUGCCUACAAUUGCUUCUGUGCACCUGGAUUUAUUGGAAAUAAUUGCGAAAUUGAAGUGAAUGAAUGUCUCAGCCAGCCUUGUAGAAAUGGAGGCUCCUGCAUUGAUGACCUCAACUCGUUCAGCUGCCAGUGUCCUCCAGGAAUUACAGGGAACUACUGUGAAGUUGAUGUAGAUGAUUGCGUAUUCUCUCCCUGCCUGCACAAUGCCAUGUGUGUUGACCUCGUCCACGGCUAUGAAUGCAUCUGUUUGCCUGGCUUUACAGGUACCAAGUGUGAACUUGACAUUGAUGAGUGUGCUUCAUCUCCCUGCAAGAAUGGAGGCACUUGCAUUGACCAGCCUGGUAAUUACUUCUGCCAAUGUGUGGCUCCAUUUAAAGGUCAUAAUUGUGAGUUCUUACCCUGUGAGGCCAGUAAUCCCUGCGAGAAUGGGGCAGUAUGUGUGGAGGAGUUGGAUCAGGACCAUUUCCCUUUGGGUUUCCGCUGUCAUUGUCGCCGGGGCUUCGCUGGUCCCCGCUGUGAAAUCAAUGUGGAUGAGUGCAGCUCCAGCCCCUGUGUUCACGGCUUCUGCUACGAUGUUGUAGAUGGGUUUUAUUGCCUUUGCAAUCCUGGUUAUGUUGGGACGAGAUGUGAGCAAGACAUUGAUGACUGCGUGAACAGUUUGUGCAGUACCAACUCAGUAUGUAAGGAUCUCCAUCAGAGUUAUGAGUGUGUGUGUCACUCCGGCUGGGAGGGGGAGAACUGCCAACAAGAAAUUGAUGAAUGUUUAUCACAGCCCUGCAAAAACAACGCCACCUGCACAGACCUUCUCAACAGCUACAAGUGUUUGUGCUCACCAGGCUGGACAGGUGUGAACUGUGCCGAGGAUGUGAAUGAGUGUGAUUCUGGACCCUGUUUAAAUGGAGCUCAGUGUCAGGAGUCAGAUGUACCUGGGGAGUUCUUCUGCACCUGUCCCCCCUUCUUCAGUGGCCCCUUGUGCAACCAGCCCUAUGACCCCUGUAACCCCCUCCAUAAUCCCUGCCUGCACAACUCCACCUGCUUGACACGCUCCAAUGGAACAGCCUACUGCAGAUGCCCAGCUGGAUUUGAAGGAAGUUGGUGUGAAAUUGACACCAAUGAGUGCAGCUCCAAUCCAUGCCAAAAUCGGGGUGACUGUGUGGACCAGGUCAACGGUUACAGCUGUGAUUGUAAGAUGGGAUUUUCUGGCCUUUACUGUGAAGAAGACAUCAAUGAGUGUGCAUCAAACCCUUGCCUCCAUGGCAGCGUUUGUCAAGACCUUGUGAACAAGUUCCACUGUGUUUGCCCUCCUGGUUAUUUUGGAAUGCUCUGUGACCUGGAUGUGAAUGAGUGCGAAGUUUCACCUUGCUUACACGAGGGCAUCUGUAUCAACAAGCCCGGGGGCUUCAAGUGUGUCUGUCGCCCUGGAUACUCAGGGGCAUGGUGUGAAGUUAACAUCAAUGAGUGCGAUUCAAACCCAUGUCAAAAUAGUGGGAGAUGUAUUGAUGCACCUAAUCGAUACCACUGCUUGUGUCCUGAUGGCUUCAAUGGACUCAACUGUGAGGACAACAUUGAUGAAUGCUUGUCAGCGCCUUGCCUUCAUGGGAGCUGUGAGGAUGGAUUACAUUCAUACCUCUGUCUUUGUGAAUCGGGAUGGACUGGCAUCAGAUGUGAAACAAACAUUGAUGACUGUGCUUCCAGUCCGUGUUUGAAUGGAGGCUCUUGUGUGGAUCUCAAUGAUAAAUACGCCUGCUUCUGUCAGGACGGUUACACAGGGAAAACCUGUGAGACUGACAUAGACGUGUGCAAAGAGGCUGCUGUUAACGUCUCACUGUGUUUCAAUGGAGCAACCUGCCUUGAUCUUGAAGGAUCAAACUUUACAUGCAUCUGUCCACCAGGUUUCAUGGGGGAUUUCUGUGAAGUGGAUGUUAACGAAUGUUGCUCAGCUCCCUGCCACAACGGUGCCAUUUGCCAAGAUCUUAUUAAUAGCUACGUCUGCCACUGCAGGUCAGGUUGGACAGGCCUUCACUGUGAGGAUGACAUUAAUGAGUGCCUUCCACAGUCCUGCAACCAGGGGAUAUGCAUUCAGAACGAUCCAGGCUAUGGCUACACCUGUUUCUGUCGUCCUGGGUUUGUGGGGAGGAACUGCGAGAUCAACUAUGAUGACUGCCUGUUGAAUCCAUGUCCAGAAGCAUAUUCCUGUGUAGAUGGCAUCAACAAGGUCACCUGCCUUCCUCUCGCUACGGAUGCUGUUCCCUUGGCGACUGUAGUCAAGAACACUCGCGGCUCCACACCCAGAGUGCUGACGGCAACAAUCAGCCCAGCACCAACAGUUGAGCAAUCCACAGAUUCAAGCUAUGUUCAGUACUUUGGGAAUUCAUACCUGGAGUUUGAGGGUACUGAACUCAGCGCACUCAACAACAUUACUGUGAGAUUCCAAACUCAAGUGGCCAAGGGAACUAUACUAUAUGUGGACCAAGGACCAAGUAACGGGGAUUUCUUUUUCAUGAAACUCUUUGUCUUGGAUGGGAUUUUACAGUAUUCCUUUUGCUGUAAUGAAGAAGAGGAGGUUACACGGAUCAGCACAUCAAUUCAUGUUGAUGAUGGUGAGGUGCACAUUGUUAACAUCAGACAACACUUGACCCCUUGUGAAGCGGAGGUGACUCUUUCUGGUCACAAGAAAGUCAAAAGUGCAGCAAGUAAUUACUGGUUGGGACACAUGAUACAAAGAACAAACCAUAUCUUCCUAGGCGGUCUGCCACAACACUAUCUGCCCAAUCAGAAAGCGAAACCUUUCGACAACUAUACUGGCUGCAUUGAAAUAAUUGAAAUUAAUAAACUCAGGAGUUUCUUUACAUCUGACGCCAUCGCAGGCAGCAACAUAGACCAAUGCAGAAAUAAUUGGCAUGCCAUGGAACCCUCUACAACGAGUUCCUCAAGCCUGACAACUCAAUCAAUCCCAACAACCACCACAGCAAAAAUAACAACAACAACCACCACCAUGACAAAAAUAACAACAACAAUGUUAACAACAACAACAACAACAACAACAGUGGCAGCUCCUACACAAACACCAAAACCUUCUCUGCAUGAACCUUGCCGUGAUAGUCUUUGCCACAAUGGAGGAACGUGUUAUCAACCGCAACUGCCUGGAGUAGCUCUGCCUUCCUGUCACUGCCCACUUCAUUUUACUGGAACUUUUUGUGAGAAAGAUACCACAGUAUAUAUUCCAUCAUUUGAUGGCACAUCUUAUUUGGAGCUACCCCCUCUUGCAUCCUUUCUCCAAUCUCCUGGUGACAGCAAUAAUCUACCUGCUACUGUCAAGGACACCACUGUUAUUCUCUAUUUGACAGUAAAAACAAGGUCUACACAGGGCACCAUCCUCUACACCCAGGAACAUAACUUUGGGGAAAACUUCCUCCAUGUGUUUCUUCAAGAUGGAAACCCUGUUGCUAAACUUGGCUGUGGUGGCAGUCAUGUUUUGAAUGCAGAGGCAGACCAGAACAUCAACAAUAACAGAUGGAUACCAAUUACAAUCCGAUUCAAUCUGCCUGUUGGCAAACAAGGGGGGCCAUGUAUGAUUGAAAUAGCUGUUGCUAAUGGCACAGCUCAGCGACUCCAGGAGUAUGUUUCACACCCCGUGUCCGAGGGAACCUUUGGGCCCAUUUUUCUUGGGGAUGUCUCAUCCCACUGGGGGACGCAUGAUGGGAGUGCAAAGGGAGCACAGAGAUUCACUGGAUGUAUCAGAGAACUUCAGGUCAACUCAAAGGAGAUUUACCUGGUGGGUGAGGCAGUGAAAGGGAGAAACAUCAACAACUGUGACCCGCCUGUCUGCCAACACCUUCCCUGUCGUAAUGGAGGAACUUGUGUCAGUGAUGCUGAGGACUGGUUCUGUGAGUGCCCCCCGCUCUACACAGGCCGUCUGUGCCAGUUCACUGCCUGCGAGCGCAACCCCUGCGGUCAUGGAGCCACUUGCAUCCCAAAGUCGCCAUUGGAGGCUGUAUGUCUCUGCCCUUACGGAAGACAAGGUCUGCUGUGUGAAGAACCCAUCAAUAUAACCCGUGCCAGAUUCAGUGGAAGUGAUGAGUUUGGUUACACUUCCUUUGUGGCUUAUUCCUCCAUCCCAAGCCUUAGCUUCUACUACGAGUUCAAGUUGAAGUUCACACUCGCCAAUAACUCGACUGCGGUGAAAGACAACUUGAUCCUGUUCGCCGGACAUAAAGGACAAGGCAAUGAUGGCGAUGACUUCCUGGUUUUGGGAAUACGGAGAGGAAGAGUUGUUCAUAAAUUCAACCUUGGAUCAGGCAUAGCAACCAUAGUCAGUGAUCGACUCAACCACCAAAUCAGCAUCCACACUGUUGUAUUUGGAAGAUCCAAAAGAACGGGAUGGCUGAAGGUUGAUGGACAACGCAAUAGGACUGGAUCCUCUCCAGGACCCCUGGUGGGCCUCAAUGUUUUCAACCAUCUCUUUGUGGGUGGAUAUAAUGAGUACACCCCUGAGCUACUGCCACUUGGCUCCAGGUUCCGUCAUGGCUUUCACGGGUGUAUUUUUGAUGUGCAGUUUCGAACAAGAAGAGACAGAAAGUUCCAGGUGCUGGGACAUCCUGCGGGACAUCCAGCCUUCGGGCGCAGCGUGGGUCAGUGUGGAGUCACCCCGUGUGCUCAUGUUCACUGCACGAACGGAGGAACAUGCGUUGACUCUGGCUCAUCUGUGUAUUGCCAGUGCCCAUUUGGAUGGAAGGGAGCACUCUGUUCUGAGACCGUGUCUGUGUGUGAUGUCGAGCACAGUCCCCCUCCUCUGUGUGCCCACGGCUCCACCUGCAUCCCUCUCCCGAGUGGAUACACCUGCCAAUGCCCCCUGGGGACUGCGGGAAUCUUCUGUGAUAAAGCUGUGACAAUCAGUGAUCCAUUCUUCAGUGGGAACCAGUCCUCCUGGAUGUCCUUCUCGCCUAUGAAUAUCAGACACAGGACUGUUCUGCAGCUGCAGUUCCAGCCGUUAUCAGCUGAUGGCAUCCUCGUCUACACUGCACAACAUCUCGGCACCAGAGCUGGAGACUUCUUCUGCCUCUCCUUGACAUCAGGGUUUGUCCAGCUCCGAUUCAAUCUAGGGGACAGGACCCAUGUCCUGCAGUCUGCUGAGAGAGUGGACUCGCAUGGUGGGACCUGGCACACAGUUAUGGCCGGCCGUAUUGGUCACAGAGGCUUCCUGAGUCUGGAUGGCAAGGAGGCCAGAGAAAAUGUGACUGGGGGGAUGACCACCCUUGAUGUUGCUACAGACAUCUUUGUUGGGGGUGUGUCCACUCUGAGUUCAGUCUCCACAGACGCAACUGAGGGGGAACCAGUGGGCUUCACUGGCGGCCUUAGAGAACUGAUUCUCAAUGGGCGAGAGUUUGAGUUAAAUGAGAAUGGGGCUGUAAGCGGAGCAAACGUAGGAGACUGGGACGGAACUGCCUGUGGGUACAAGGUGUGCCAAAAGGGAGGUCACUGCAGGGCAACAGGAAGUGACUCGUUCAUAUGUAUAUGUCCGCCAUCUUGGACAGGCCCUGUGUGUAACCUGUCUGUAAACUGUGUGAACAACAACUGCAAACAGGGUUCCUUAUGCACUGCAGCUAAUGUGACAUCAUAUAAAUGCAUAUGCCCCCUAGGAUGGGGAGGGAGAUACUGCGACACAGAAAUAUCCACUGAUACUCUCAAGUUUGUGGGAAACUCGUAUGUGAAAUAUUGGGACCCGAGAUACACUGCCAGAAAUUUAAAAUACACACAAGUGUCUUUCAGCUUCCAACCGACCUCAUAUGACAGUUUGAUUACAUGGAUGGGAAAGGCAGAACAAGAAGACGACGACUACCUCGCAGUUGGACUUGAAAGCGGACACCUCAAAAUUGCGGUCAAUCUCGGAGAGAGACUUACCCUCCCGUUAAUGUUCAGAAAUCUGACACUAUGUUGCAACAAAUGGCAUGACAUCACUGUAUCUUUUAACAGCACAGUUAUGCAGGUUUUCGUCGACAAUAAGAGGGUCUAUUUUAAUGAUGUGGACCCAUUUGAGCGUUACGUAGCCUUAAACUAUGGGGGUCAGCUGUACUUUGGAGGAUUUGAACUGCACAGAAAUGUAUCGAUAGUGACAACUGGAUUGUUUUCAAAAGGUUUCGAGGGAAAUCUCAGAAGUGUGUUUUUGUUUGAAGAUACCAAGCCACUGCAGUUUGUUAAAAAUAGUGAAGGUUUUAAUGUUUAUGAAGGUAAUGAACAGUAGUGGAAAAUGUAAAUCACUGCAGCUGUAAUACUUGAAAAUAUCCUUUGUGACUUGAUCUCAAACGUAUUAGUUGUGUUUUAUUAUGCCCUACGACUAGUC